AUGAUCCGUACAGUAUGCAAAAUUCACUUUCUUGCUGGUCUGUGCCCACCAGCCUUGCAGCAGCGCUCCCAGAAUCCCUCAGCCUGGACUUCGAGUGGAUCCAGAGAUGAACUCGGCAUUGUUUUAACAAUUUCCCUCCAGAAGUUCCAGCAGAAGGCUCUGAAGCAAACUAAGCAGAAGAAAUCCAAGUCAGCUGAAUUUCUGAUGGCAAAAGAAGAUGGAGCAGCCACAGAAAGCAUUGAAAAUCCAGCUUUUAACAUCAGCAGUACAGAUCUUUCAGCAUAUCAGACUUCAGAGGAGAAAGUUAUUAAACAUGACAAGCCAGAUAGCACCCUUGCAGCUCACCCACAGAAACUUGGGCUGCGGGACUGUGCUGAACCAAGAGGUGUGAUUUCAAUCUUGAUUAUGCUCACCCUGAGUGACAGUUGCUGUGUUUCUGAUCUAACCUGGGCAUUCCACAGUUAGCAUCACACAUUCCAGCUCAGCUUGCCUGCACAUGCUUCUAGGAGGAUAUAAGGGAUGUUGACACACAUUACACCCCAACUUUUAAAAAUCUGCAUUUCCCUU